AUGUCAACCGAUACUAAAUACGUUAAUAGUAAUCGUCUGAUGCCUCAAAUGGUAUCUGGACGUCAUGAUAAGGGUGAUAAUAAUAGAAAGAAGGAGUUAACCAAGAAUACUGGUGCUAGUCAAGGUCAAAAUACUAGAAGGAGACAGUACAGAAGGAAUAAGAUUACUAAUGAUGAUAAGAAAUCAGGUUGUUUACGUCAGAAUCAAAAAAAGGGAGUUGAUAAUAACAACAAUGAUGUUGAAUCAACAGAAGUCUUGACUCAAAAUUUGAAAAAUUUACUGUUAAAGAGUAAUCAAUGUGUAAAAAAGGAUGAUACCUGUAUAUUGGAACAACUCAAAUCAAGAGAUAGUGCUAAAAGUAUAUAUAGGAAUAACGAAAAAUCUAAACAAGUUAAUAUAACUGUUCCACCAAUCGGAUUGAUAAGUAAUAGUCCAGUGAUGAAGGCAGCAGAAAGAAUUCCAAAUGCUAGGUCACCUUCACUACCAUAUGCAGGUUUGAAUCCAUGGCAUUCGUUGCCAUUAGGUUCUUCAUAUUCCAACUCUUACACUUAUACACCAGUUACUCAGAAUUUCGAUUUAUCAAGUGCACCACCACAAGUACACGGGCAAGAACAAGGUAUAUCAGCAGAAGCAUAUCCAUAUGGUAGAAACAAUUUUAUGUCAUUGCCUAUAUCACCAAAUUCUCAUGAGUUUCAUCAUUUCGCCAAUAGUCAUGGGAAUUUAAAUAAUUCUCCACAUAUAGCCAGGAAUAUGAUUCCUAAAAAUUAUAGUCACCUGAAUCAAGAGGUAAUGACAACAGCAUCGUCACCACCUCAUUCCUCAUCUUCUAGUGGUUCCAAUGUUUCUUCACCAUCAUACAACAAUUAUGCAUAUAUUGGUCAAAAAUCAAAUUCAAAUAGAUCGAAAGAAUCUACAAUAAGAAGCUCUACAACAACAACAAAUUCAUUUGCUGGCGCAUCAUUUGCAACUGAUAUACCUAAAUUACAGGAUCUACCCAAACCAAGUUUUAUAUGA